CUGCCGAAGGGGAUGUAGCCCUAGAGAACGACAUAUAUAAUGGCCCUUUCUCGGCCAAAACCAGUCUCCAGAAGGGAGGAGAAGCAAAAAUGGUGUCGCUGAAGGUCCAGAAGCGGCUCGCAGCCUCAGUGAUGAAGAACGGAAAGGGUAAAGUAUGGCUCGAUCCUAACGAAAGCAGUGGCAUCUCCAUGGCCAAUUCGCCGCAAUGUUUGAUGACGAUGGUAGAAGAAAAUGAUCACAACAAUAGACUUGAUAUGCACAUUGAGUUGUCUUACUCCACAUAUGAAGCUUUCAAGAUUCUUGCCAAGAACUACCUGGAUCUUGAUGAUCAUGAUGAUGAUCCUCUGUUCAAGAAUAUCAAGUCUUUGUUGAAGGAGACAGAGAUUUCCUUGAAUAAUCUGAUCAAAGCUCUGGAGGAAAAGAAGAGCAGUCAGAGUCAACAUGAUGAAGACAAGAAGAAAAACAAGUUCUGAUUAUUUGGUUGAUCUUUAGCUUAUAUUCUAUGAUUCCAUCAAGUUUGCAAUGUUUUCAUUUAAAUGAUAUUUCACGUCUCUAUAAAAAUAAAAUCUGCAACUUUGAAUUUAGAAGUUGAAAGAGAGUUUACUACU